AUGGCGGAGCCGGAGGCCGCGCAGCCCGGCCGGCCCCCGCCGGCCCCGGGCGCCGCGGCGGGCGGCGGGGCGGCGAGCGGGGCGGCGGCUGCAGCGGGGCCCGGCGGCGGCGGCGGGGCGGGCUCCAGCGACCCGGCGCGGCCCGGGCUCAGCCAGCAGCAGCGCGCGAGCCAGCGCAAGGCGCAGGUGCGCGGCUUCCCCCGCGCCAAGAAGCUGGAGAAGCUGGGGGUCUUCUCGGCCUGCAAGGCCAACGACGCCUGUAAGUGCAAUGGCUGGAAGAACCCCAACCCACCCACCGCCCCCCGCAUGGACCUGCAGCAGCCUGUGACCAACCUGAGCGAGCCCUGCCGGAGCUGUGGACAUGCGUUAGCGGACCAUGUGUCCCACUUGGAGAACGUCUCAGAGGAGGAGAUUAACCGGCUGCUGGGCAUGGUAGUGGACGUUGAAAACCUCUUCAUGUCGGUCCACAAGGAGGAGGACACAGACACCAAGCAGGUGUACUUCUACCUGUUCAAGCUCCUGAGGAAAUGCAUCCUGCAGAUGAGCCAGCCUGUAGUUGAGGGGUCCCUGGGGAGCCCUCCUUUCGAGAAACCAAACAUUGAGCAGGGAGUCUUGAACUUCGUCCAGUACAAGUUCAGCCACCUGCCACCCAAGGAGCGGCAGACAAUGUACGAGCUCUCAAAGAUGUUCCUGCUUUGUCUUAACUACUGGAAGUUGGAGACGCCAUCCCAGUUCCGCCAGCGCUCACAGAAUGAUGAUGUGGCUACCUACAAGGUCAACUACACGAGGUGGUUGUGCUACUGCCAUGUGCCGCAGAGCUGCGACAGCCUUCCCCGCUAUGAGACCACGCACGUCUUUGGACGCAGCCUCCUGAAGUCUAUCUUCACAGUCACUCGCCGGCAACUGCUGGAGAAGUUCCGGGUAGAGAAGGACAAGCUAGUGCCAGAGAAGCGGACGCUGAUCCUCACCCACUUCCCCAAGUUCCUGUCGAUGCUGGAGGAGGAGAUCUAUGGGGAGAACUCUCCUAUCUGGGAAGCUGAUUUCACAGUACCUGCCACUGAGGGUGGGCAGCUGGUGUCUCGCCCAGCUGCAGUUAGCACCGUUGCUGUGCCCACCACUCCGCUCUUCAGCAAGAAGCUCAGCAACAGCAGCUCUUCAACAAACAUGGAUUCCAGCACCCCAGAGCCUAUGCCAGGUGAGAAGCGGAAGCUGCCGGAGAGCCUGACACUGGAAGAUGCCAAGCGGAUUCGUGUUAUGGGUGAUAUUCCCAUGGAGCUGGUGAAUGAGGUCAUGCUGACCAUCACAGACCCUGCUGCCAUGCUGGGCCCUGAGACCAGCCUGCUGUCAGCAAAUGCAGCGCGGGAUGAGACUGCCCGGCUGGAGGAAAGACGGGGUAUCAUAGAGUUCCAUGUCAUUGGCAACUCACUCUCACAGAAGUCCAACAAGAAGAUCCUGAUGUGGCUGGUGGGUUUGCAGAAUGUUUUCUCGCACCAGCUGCCCCGCAUGCCCAAGGAGUACAUCACACGCCUUGUCUUUGACCCAAAACACAAGACCCUGGCUCUGAUCAAGGAUGGCAGAGUGAUCGGGGGGAUCUGCUUCCGGAUGUUCCCGACCCAGGGGUUCACAGAGAUAGUCUUUUGCGCUGUGACAUCGAAUGAGCAAGUGAAGGGCUAUGGGACACACCUGAUGAAUCACCUGAAGGAGUACCACAUCAAACACAACAUCCUGUAUUUCCUGACCUAUGCAGAUGAGUACGCCAUUGGCUACUUCAAGAAGCAGGGCUUUUCUAAGGACAUCAAAGUCCCUAAGAGCCGCUACCUGGGCUAUAUCAAGGACUAUGAGGGGGCAACCCUGAUGGAGUGUGAGCUGAAUCCCCGGAUCCCCUACACUGAGCUCUCCCACAUCAUCAAGAAGCAGAAGGAGAUUAUUAAGAAGCUGAUUGAGAGGAAGCAAGCACAGAUCCGCAAGGUCUACCCUGGCCUGACCUGCUUCAAGGAGGGUGUGCGGCAGAUCCCUAUUGAGAGUGUCCCUGGCAUUCGAGAAACAGGAUGGAAACCUUUAGGGAAGGAAAAGGGAAAAGAGCUGAAGGAUCCAGACCAACUCUACAACACCCUGAAGAACCUUCUGGCGCAGAUCAAGACCCACCCCAGUGCAUGGCCCUUCAUGGAGCCUGUGAAGAAGUCAGAGGCGCCAGACUACUACGAAAUCAUCCGCUUUCCCAUCGACCUGAAGACCAUGACUGAGCGCCUCAAGAAUCGCUACUAUGUCACCAAGAAGCUGUUCAUCGCUGAUCUGCAGCGUAUCAUCACCAACUGCCGCGAGUACAACCCGCCUGACAGCGACUACUGCAAGUGUGCCAACACUUUGGAGAAGUUCUUCUACUUCAAGCUCAAGGAAGGAGGGCUCAUUGACAAAUAGAGGAGCUGACCUGGUUUCUCCUUGGCCACCAGGACCCCAAGUCCCUGCUUCCCCUUGGCCACAGCCUGAGAGGGGCGGGGCUGCUGUUGACCCCCAAAAGAGCCUAUGGGACUCAGCCCUGCUCAUCUGAGCAGGGGCUGCUGGAGGGUUUGCUGCUGCUGAAUAGCCUGGGGGAGCUGGGUCUUCUCUCUUCUGGGGUGAGCAGGGGAGCCUUAUCUUGCAACUACCUUUUAUCCUCGUGGUGGCAGCAGCCCCUCUCCUUGGGAGCUGCAUGAGCAGCAGGGCUGGAGCAGCAGCUUCUGAGGGACUGCCCAGGGCAGGGAUGGCACUAGGUGCAGCCGCUCCUUGUCCCUGCUCUGUGCAGGGCUGGGAAGCCCCGUGCUACCUGUGCUCCCCCCCCCCGCCAAGGGAUGUGCCUUCUGCCCUGGCUCUGUUAGCAAAAAGGGGCACAUAAGUGCUUUGGUUUUCUGCAUGGGCCACAGUUCCUGCCACCCCUGGGGUGCAGCGCCUGCUCCCCAGGACCAGCAAGCUGCACACGCACAGAGCACUUGCCUCUCUCCUUGAAUGUACAGCAGGCCUUGGCCCUGCCGGCUCUGAGGAGCAGGGGCAGAGAUGCUGCUUCAGGCCCAGGCUCUUGGGUGUAUUCCCUGCUGUGACUAGGUGCUCUGCCCACUGCCCAUUAGAGCUCCCUCCUGCCUCCUUAUCAGUUCUUCCCUCCGUGCAGGGGCAGGUCUCCCCACGCCCGUGACGCUUUGCUGCUCUUCCACCUUCUGCUCUCUGAGCUCCGUUGCUCCCGGUGCAGUCAGGAUGCCCAGCGUCUCCUGGCUCCCCAAGCCACGAGGCAGCGGAGCUGGACCUGAGCACCUGUACUUUCCUCCUCUACCUGGCUUGCAGAGCUGGCUCCUGCUCGUGCCCCUGUCCUUGUGCCUCGUGGGCUGAGGUCCCUCCAUGCCUCUCUGGGAACGGUGCAGGGGGAAUGUCUGACUGUAGCACUAACUUACCCCUGCCUGCCCUCACUUGCUUAAUGCCUGCUGCCUUAUUGUCUGUGCUGUCCUUGCUGUGGGCACGCUGGUGCUGCUCCACAGGCUUGCUGGCCUCGCUGGGGUGGGACCCAGCCUUGUCCAACUGUUCCCGUCCACCCAUUCCCUUUGCCUGUUUUUUUUUUUUUUUUUUUUUUUUUUUUUUUUUUUUUAAUAAACAUCCUUGUGCAGAGCUGGCUGCAUCCUUGCAUCAGACCCUGCCACAAGGCUGGGCUGGGCUGGCAGC